AUGAAGAUCCAAUCUGCGUUCACUCUCGUCCUCGCUCUUGGCUUUCUUGGAAGCAUCUCACUUGGGAGCCCACUCUGCCCAGGAUGCGGCUUGCCAGGCGUCAAACUCGACUCGUCCGCGACUCUCAACGUAGACCCUGCGGAUGCUGCUGUUGGUUCAGGCCCCUCUCCUGUUGAUUUCGCGGCAGCGGCCUCGACGGUCAACCCAGAUUGCCCAGGCUGCGUUAUGCCGCGCAGCAAAGAAGGCGAUUCGGCUCCUAACCCAGACACCGUGAACGCCGAUAUCAGUACAAGCGCCGUUGACUUCGCGGCGGCGACGUCGAAGGUCAACCCAGAUUGCCCGGGCUGUGGUUUGCCAGGCUCUGCAGUUGUAGCCGCUGCAUCAUCGACGGCUACCCCAGAUUGCCCAGGCUGUGGUUUACCAGGCUCUGCAGUUGUAGCCGCUACAUCAUCGACGACCACCCCGGAUUGCCCUGGCUGCGGCAUUCCAAGCAGCGCAGUUAGUUCGUCUACGGCUCUCAAUGUAGACGCUGUAAACACUGCUAUCGGCUCAAGUCCCUCUCCUGCCGAUUUCGCUGCUGCAUCAUCAACGACCGAGCCAUGCCCAGGCUGCGGUAUGCCUGGCUCCACAAGCACGCCGACGAAGGAAACCAAGCGAUCAGCCACAGUGGAAGUACCAGCAGCAGCCAGCACCGUCUCCCAGGCCUGUCAGGACUGCACCAUCCCCGCUGCUGCUCUUCCUUCCGGUCAAGUCUAACGCGAUGCAUGGCGGGCCCUCCAUCCAGGAGUUUAGCGAUAGGAGAAUCCUGACGCUGUGCCAGUUGUAGUUCGACUGAUCUAUAUUAUGGCCUGUGG